AAACAUUUAAAUCAAUAUCUAUUGAAAUAUGAUAUUAAUUAUCACGUUAUCAGUCAAUCUGAACAGAUAAAGAAAAUUGAUAAAAUUUAAAUAAAAUUCUGUAAAUUUCAACAUAUCAUAUUAUCUUUGCGCAAUUAUUACAUUUAAAUCAUUAGGUUAUGUUAACGCGAUACUUGCUAUUGCUUAUAUCUAACGGAAUCGGUACAAUGUGUCAAAUUGACACACAUUUGUUGAUAUAUACUUUUGUAUUUACUUAAUUAUACAUAAAUAUAUAUAUCAAUAAAAUAUGGGCUACUUAAAUUUUCACUCAAGCUUACAUGAAAUACGUGAAACUCCAUCUACUGAAACUUGUAUUCCAAUCCCAAGACAUAAUUCAACAAUAAUAUUACCUGAUAUCUAUGCGGGCAUUCCUGAAAAUUUAUUGCUAAAUUUUUUUGGAUUUUUGAUCCUUGUUAUCUUGUUUGGUUUAUUACGUAAAAAAGCAUGGAAUUAUGGACGUCUUGCAUUAUUAAACAAAACAGAUGAACGAUGGGUGGAAUUAUUUUAUGGAGAUAAUGAAGGUAGAGAUACAGAAGCAAUAUGUAUAGAAAAUUCUGUUAAUUCCCAAAUUUCUCAAGUUGAUAGAGGUUUCUUAUCAUGGAUUAUUAUUGCAUUUAAAGUUAGUGAUGAAGAAUUAUUAAAACGAGCAGGCCCAGAUGGUUUGCUUUAUAUAUCAUUUGAACGUCAUUUGAUCAUUUUAACAUGCUUAAUGGUUAUUGUAUCAUUAUGUAUAGCUUUACCAAUUAAUUUUCAUGGUAAUAUGCAAGGUGAUGAAGCAACAUUUGGUCAUACAACAUUAUCAAAUUUAGAUCCAAUGUCUCCAUGGAUUUGGGUGCAUACAAUUUUAAUUUUAUGCUAUUUACCAAUUGGUGGAUACAUUAUGAGACAUUUUUUGAAAAAGGUACGAGAUUCCAGGCAUGGUGGUGAAUUGGCAGCUAGAACAUUAUUAAUUACAGAAAUACCAAAACAUCAAUGCUAUAUUCAAAGUCUUACUGAUUAUUUCAAACAAGCUUUUCCUACUUUAACAGUAGAAGAUAUUACAUUAGCUUAUGAUAUUAAACGACUUUCGGCACUAAAUGUAGAAAGAGAUUGUGCCGAACAAGCGCGUUUAUAUUGUGAAAAUUAUGCAAAAAAAAGAGAACCAUUACAAAUGUAUCCAUAUCCAUGUGGUCAAGUGAUAAGUUGUUGUUGUAAAAAUAAAGUUGAUGCUCGAGAAUUUUAUGCAAAUGAAGAAAUGCGAUUGACUGCAUUAGUUGAAGAAGAAAAAAAAGUAGCGCUAAGUAGACCUCUUGGAGUAGCUUUUAUGACUCUAGGUACACCUGGUGCAGCUAAAGUUAUGCGAAAACACUUACGUUCUUUGCCUAGUUUAACAUGGAUUGUAGAUUAUGCACCUACACCUUCUGAUAUUUUCUGGGAAAAUCUAAGUAUACCAAGGCCAUGUUGGUACCUAAAUGCUGUUUUAAUAAAUUUUGCAUUGGGCAUUAUAUUAUUUUUUCUUACUACACCAGCUGUAAUAGUAACUGCAUUGAAUAAAUUACCAAUUACAGGAAAAAUUAUGAAUCUUAGUCCAAUAGUCUCAUAUUUUCUUCCAACUGUAUUGUUAGUUAGUGUGGCUGCUUUAAUGCCUGUAUUAGUAUCAAGAAGUGAAUCAUUAGUUAGACAUUGGACUAGAAGUAGUCUAAAUCGAGCAGUAAUGACGAAAACCUUACUUCUUUUGUUACUAAUGGUUCUUAUAUUACCUAGUUUAGGUCUAACAAGUGCACAAGCAUUUUUGGAAUGGACUGUAAAUGUAACAAAUGACACAGGAAGAUGGGAUUGUGUGUUUUUACCUGAUAAGGGUGCUUUAUUUGUAAAUUAUGUAAUUACUGCAGCUCUACUUGGAAGUGGAUUGGAAUUAGUCAGAUUUCCAGAAUUAGCAUUAUAUACUUUCAGAUUAUGUGUAGCACGUAGUAAAGCGGAAAGAAUACAUGUUAGAAAAGCAGUAUUAUGGGAAUUUCCAUUAGGUGCUCAUUAUGCCUGGUUACUUUUAGUUUUUACUAUGACAACAGUAUAUAGUUUGGCUUGUCCAUUAAUUACACCUUUUGGACUAUUAUAUCUCGUAGUAAAACAUUUGGUGGAUAGACAUAAUUUAUGUUUUGCUUAUGGACCAAGCAUCGGUGGUGGUCAAUUAGCAGGUGCAGCAGCAAGUGCUACUGGAGCUGCCCCGAUUUUGGCUCAAGCUGCACUAUUAGCUCUAGGCUUGGUAAGAAGAGGACUAUCACCUUUAGCUGCGGUACAACUUAGUGGACUUGCCGCGAGUAUUUUAGGCCUUGUCACUGGUGCUACUUUAUCCACAUCAAAGUUUAAAACACAAAUGCCAAAAAGGGAUUUAUCAGCUGGUCAGAAUUUUAUUGCACCCGUGUUACGAACAAAACAGGCCUCAUUAGAAGAAACCAUAUCUACAGGUUCAAAUUCUAAUCUCACUCCAACAAGUUUAAAAAGCACUAGUAUUUCUUCAAUACAAGAUAGUCCGAAACUUUAUCAAAAUUAUGGUAAAGAAUCACAAGCUUGAUAAUUUUUGAAUUAUUUGAUAUUAAUUAUAUAAGCGAUAUAUUGAAAUAAUUUAAUUAUUGAAAUAAUUAAAAAAAUAGUAAUGA